AUGAAGGGCGGUGGCUCCAACUUUGGCAUUGUAACACGGUUUGACCACAAACCUCAUCCUCUGAUCAAGAUUCAAUACAAUAUCAACGCCCAAAAAGUGGACCCCAAGACUGGGCUAUUUGCCAAUUUUAACAACGGAUUGGACGCAGUCGGCAUGUUCUAUAGGGACCACACAGCUGAGCCACCAAAGGCCUUUGAGCCGUUCCACAACCUCAAAACCCUUGUGGCUAUGGUGCUGCCAUCCACUAACGGCACGCUACUAUUUCUACAGGAGCUAUAUGAGGACAUCCAUAAGACGAGGCUCGAAGUCUGCAAGACCCACCCUUCUGGCGCUGUCUUGCAUAACACCAUUCAGUCAAUGGGUACGGCUGGUGUUCAGAUCGGUAAAGAUCGCGGAGAAAUAUCAUGGGCCUUGAAAGCUCAUGCGGAGGCGGCGGCCAAAGACGACGCGGAGGGCGUCUUUCAAAAGCUGCAGAAAGGCGGGUUCCUUCUAUGUGAGAAUGUAUGA